AUGACGCCUUCCCGGAUAUUUUACAGGAAUUCCCACGUACAUCGACAGGCAAUUAUCACUCUGCAUGGCAAAGAAGCUGCUCACACUCUGAAGCUCUCGCACAGUGGUCGAUUUCUUGCAGUCGGUAACGAUGAGGGCCUCCUUGAAAUUUACAUGCUCCAUGACUCAGUUUGGAGAAGAUUCGGCAUUUACAAAAGCGGUACAUCUAUUCGCGCCCUUGCAUGGCACCCAUCGGAGGACUUGACUAUUUUUUGUGGAUCUGCCAAUGGGUCUUUACAUAGGAUCACUAUGCAAUUGGAUGGGAGCUAUGUUACAUCUAGCGCUAUUAUACCAGGCUAUAUACACUCGCUGCAGCUGAGUCCAGACGGAUCAAGGCUUGCAAUUGGUCAUGGGCGAUCUGUUUCCAUCGUAAAAGACCCGUUCAUGGGCGUAAUAGAGCCAAAUGAGCUGGGGAAAAUGGCUAGACUGAACGUGUCAUUGUCUCCCAACGUUCAGAGUCUUUCCGAAUAUAAAUUCUCAUGCGGAAUAUUUUUUGCCUCAAGCCGGAUAGUAAUCAUCCCUUUCCUUGGUACAGGAGGAAUAACAGCAUACAGCCUUAAUGACUAUUCCAGCAAGUGGUCCAUUCAACUACGAGAUAACACCUUUCUGGGCUCCGCUGCAAUCUCACCGUCCGGAGAACAAGUUGCCGUUAUGAACAUCCGAACUCCCCCAAAAAAUCUGAUAGUCAAUAUAAUCUUUGUUGACGAAGAUACUGUUGCCGUUGGCCAUUCUGAUGGCUAUGUUGCUUUUGCGACAUUUGGCGUUAGCGAGAUAUGCGGGACCUUUGCGCUCGAUGACGACAAUUACCGAGCUCCAGUACAAGCCAUAACAUUUGGUCUUGUCAAUCACCAGCCUCACAUCUUUGCCGUUAUACCCGCAUUUAGUCCAUGGAUGCGCACACACGGUGCCAUUGCCAAUACUAUCCACGUUGGACUCAUACAAAACAACGACGAAUCCGGUAUUGGAGAAAUUGAUAGCACAUUGGAUGAUCAAUACCCUUCAACUAGGACACGUCCGCUCACUAUGUAUAGUGCUAAUACUUUCCACUUCACCACUAUGCAAGUAGCAAUGUUGUUGCUUGUUACAAUUUCUUCAACAUUGUAUGGGAAAUAUUUGCUCAGCACGGAGUCCCACUUGCCUCCGCCACAUCUACAGGUCGCCGCAGUAACUGAACAUCCCACCAAUUCCGCAUCAGAAACUUUGGUGAAUCCAUCUUCCCAGCCCCUUUUCUUGGAGGGAUCACCAACCUCUCCUGCGCAUCCCUUCUAUGCAUUCACAUUAACCGGGAUGGUCACUGGGUCUGCUUCAAUUGCAUUACCUACUGUAGGGAGUAAUAGCGCGUGA